UCUUCCUCCUCCUCUUCUUCCUCCUCAUCAUCUCCUCCUCAUCUUCUCCUCCUCCUCCUCAUCCCCUUUACCUCCUCCUCCUCCUCCUCCGUUCCUCCUCCUGUCCCCUCCUCUCGGGGACGCUGGGAACCCGCUCCCCCGCCCCCCGCAUCGCCGCCGCCGUGCCCCCCUCCGCCCGCCUCCGCCGACGCUAGUUCGCCAGCCCGCCUGCCUCCCCAGGCACAUGCCCGUGCAGCUGCCCGUCGCCGGGCUUCCAGAGCAGGCUCUGCCGCCGGCCCUGCACCCCCAGCUCCCCGUCCGUGUCCCCGUCCCCCCAUCCCGGGCCGGGAGAGGCGGCCCCGGCAUGCGGAGGGCACGAUGAUCGCCUCUGCCGCCAGGAAGGGGCCGGAGGGCAGAUACCCGCUGCACUACCUGGUGUGGCACAACCGCUACCGAGAACUAGAGAGAGAAGUCCGCGGCGGCCAGGCGGACAUUGAGCAGCUGGACCCCCGCGGUCGCACACCCCUGCAUCUGGCCACCACGCUGGGACACUUGGAGUGCGCCCGGGUGCUCCUGGCACACGGCGCAGACGUGGGCAGAGAGAACCGCAGUGGCUGGACAGUGCUCCAGGAAGCCGUGAGCACCCGUGACCUAGAACUGGUACAACUCGUGUUACGGUACCGGGACUACCAGCGGGCCGUGAAGAGGCUGGCAGGUGUUCCUGUGCUCUUGGAGAAACUCCGCAAGGCCCAGGAUUUCUACGUAGAAAUGAAAUGGGAAUUCACCAGUUGGGUGCCCCUGGUUUCUAAGAUCUGCCCCAGCGACACCUACAAGGUCUGGAAGAGCGGGCAGAAUCUGCGAGUGGAUACCACGCUUCUGGGUUUUGACCAUAUGACGUGGCAGCGGGGAAACCGUAGCUUCGUCUUCAGGGGUCAAGACACAAGCGCAGUGGUGAUGGAGAUCGACCAUGACCGGCGAGUGGUCUACACGGAGACCCUGGCGCUGGCUGCCCACGACCGGGACGUGCUGCUGGCCGCUGUCCAGCCCACGGAAGAGCAGGUGCUCAGCCGCCUCACUGCGCCCGUUGUCACCACUCAGCUGGACACCAAGAACAUCUCCUUUGAGAGGAAUAAGACGGGAAUCUUGGGCUGGCGCAGUGAGAAGACCGAAAUGGUGAACGGCUAUGAAGCUAAGGUGUAUGGGGCAUCCAACGUGGAGCUCAUCACCCGAACCCGGACAGAGCAUUUAUCGGAACAGCACAAAGGCAAGAUCAAAGGGAGCAAGACCCCACUGCAGUCCUUCCUGGGCAUCGCUGAGCAGCACGGGGGGCCCAAUAAUGGGACCCUGAUCACUCAGACGUUGAGCCACACUAACCCCACCGCCAUCACUGCAGAGGAAUAUUUCAACCCCAGCUUUGAGCUCGGUAACCGGGACAUGGGGCGGCCCAUGGAGCUCACCACCAAGACCCAGAAGUUCAAAGCCAAGCUAUGGCUAUGUGAGGAGCAUCCAUUGUCCCUGUGUGAGCAGGUGGCUCCUAUCAUUGACCUCAUGGCCAUCAGCAAUGCCCUUUUUGCCAAGCUCCGAGACUUCAUCACCUUGCGCCUGCCUCCUGGUUUUCCUGUUAAGAUUGAAAUCCCCAUCUUCCACAUCCUCAAUGCCCGGAUAACCUUCGGAAACCUCAAUGGUUGUGACGAGCCUGUGACCUCCGUCCGAGGCAGCCCCAGCAGCGAAGCCCCGUCCCCCAGCAGUGACAACUCCAGCAUCAGCAGCUCCAGCUCCAUGACGUCGUGCCGGGGCUGCGAGAUAGCGCCUUCGCUGUUCGAGGCGCCCCGGGGCUACAGCGUCCUCGGCAGCCAGAGGGAGCCGGGCCGCGAGGAAGAGGAUGACUUGCUGCAGUUCGCCAUCCAGCAGAGCCUGCUCGAGGCGGGCAGUGAGUAUGACCAGGUCACCAUCUGGGAGGCGCUGACCAAUAGCAAGCCUGGCACCCACCCCAUGUCCCAGGAAGGCCGAAGGCCAGACAGGCCCCCCCAGCACACCCCCCAGCGGCAGCCCGGCCCCCCGGCCCCCCCGGCCUCCGCCCCCAGCCCCGGCCGCCCCGGCCACGCCUUCCCUAGCUACGCCGAGCAGCUUCGCCUGGCCAUGGAGCUGUCCGCCCAGGAACAGGAGGAGGCCGAGCGGCGGGAGCGCCAGGAGGAGGAGGAGUUCAAGAGAAUCCUGCAGCUGUCGCUGACCGAGCAGUAGCCCCCGUGGCCCCCUCCCCCCACUCCCCAGGCAGGGACCUCCGCCUCCGGCCUCACGGGGACCGCUCCCCAGGGUGCUAGGGCUGGGCCGAGCCCUCCCCACGCGCCUGGUGGGGGCGGGGCCGGGGCGUGACUGAAGGGGAGGGGAGGGCCGUUCCCCCACCGGACCCCUGCCCCAGCCCCACACUCAGAUUGAGCCCCUGGGAGGAGGGGGCACGGGAGGGGGUUAGAACCGAGCCUCUGGUAGGGACGCAUGAGCUUCGGGGGCACAGGCUGGGGACCAUGGACAGAGCAGGGGGGACAAGGUUCCGGGGCGGGGCCGGAGGGCGGCGCUGGGGGCGGGGAGAAGGGCCGCGCGGGCGAGAGGGCACGUGGGCUGGGCUGGCUCUCACCCGUGGGUCGGUGGCUGUGCCCUGCGCUGCCCGGCCCAUAGCCGCAGACCCCCACCCCCGGCCCCUUCCUCCGUGGGCAGGGCGAGCCUUUCCUCCUCCCACUCCCACUCAUGAUUCCCAGAGCAGUGCUAGAGGGGCGGCUGGUGCUCGGACCCCGGAUAGGCGGAGGGCUGGCCGAGCCCUGGCCCCUUUGCCCCAACACCGACCCCCCUGCCUGCUUACUCUGCCCGGGGGAAACCUUCUCAGACCCCUGCCCACAUCCGGCCCAUGCUCCUUGGGGGGAGGGGAGCUCAGCUCCACCCCGUGUGCUCUGCCCCAACACAAACCAGCACCUCGGAGGGGCCUGGCCCCCCUCGACCCCUCCCUGAGUCAAGUGCACUUAGCUGGGCCUGGGCGCCUCGGGCGCUGCAGCCAGCUCCCCCUUCCCCGCCCCUCCCGGUUCUCAGGGUGGCCCUGACCUCUCCCAGGUGGGGGGCACGACACCGGAACCCAAGCCUGGGAGCCAGUGCGCACCUCCCGCGGGCUGCAAGAGCAGGGAGGAGGGCAAAGCGUCACCCCCCCACCGUACAUGGUGCCCCCUCCUCAGUGCCAGGGAGGGCCCAGGCUGCCUUCCGGUGUUCUCCGAGGAUGGGUGGAGGGGGCAUAUGGGCACAGGCACUCCAGAAGGUUGAGAUGGUAGUGGUGGAGGUGUGGUGUGUGAGGGGGUCACACCCGGCCCUCCUGAUGCCCCCUGGCACCACAUGCCCUCUCCCCAGCCCCUACCCCACCAGCUGCUGCUAUCCCAUCCCACCCCUGCUGAGGGUGCAACCACAGAAACCUUCCACCCAAUGGUGCUAACUCCUCCCUGCUCUCCCCUUCCCCACCCAGCCCCGAGAAGCACAGACCCCCGGGCAAGGGUCCCGAUGCACACAACACCCCUCUCCCCCACCCCAAAGGACUGGCUCACACUGUGAGAAGGGCCUGCCCAGCCGGACAACACUGAGCGCACGCACACAGACAAAAGCAACAAGACUGAACCCCCUGUCCCACCCGCCUCUCCCCUCAUUCCCCACCCUGGGCCAGGGACACUCCAGCAGAAGAGACACAAAUAAAACAAAACAACAAAAAGGCUUUAAAACUGGAA